AAAUAUCAUCUGGCAUUGUUGUUAGUUGUCAAAUGGUCGAAACAUUGGUAUACACGUGAAAAAGUAAUCAACGGAACUUGGUUGAUAUCGUGGACAAUCACAAGUAGAUAUUUGUGGGCUAUUUAAUAACCUUCUGGCCAAGAGACCCUCGCUUUUAAUAUGACGACAGCUGCGAGACCAACGUUCGAGCCCGCCCGUGGUGGCCAGGGACGUGGUGAGAAAGAUUUGAGUGCUAUAUCCAAGCAGUAUUCGAGCAGGGAUUUACCUGGACACACAAAAUUGAAAUACAGAGAGUAUGGUCAAGGCACAACCGAGGAAUUGAGAAGCCGUGACUUCCGUAAAGAGCUGGAUGAGCGUGAACGCGAAAAAGACAAGACUUCCAACCGUCGUAUGAUCGAACUUGCUAGUAGGGAAACUACCGCAGUUGCUGCUAAAAGACAAAAAAUCGACCAGGUACCCGCUGCUAGUUUGGAUGCUGACGAUCCAUUGGAUGAGGAUGAUUCCGGAUCUGACAGCGACGAGGACGAUACCGUUGCACUGCUUGCAGAACUACAGCGUAUUAAAAAAGAACGAGCUGCUGAACAAGCCAAAAAGGAAAUAGAGAAAAGACAAGAAGAGGAGAGGAUUAGAAUGGAAAACAUUCUGUCCGGUAAUCCACUAUUAAAUUAUUCGGCACAACCUGGACGUACAGAUAUGAAAGUGCGAAGACGAUGGGACGAUGACGUGGUUUUCAAAAAUUGUGCGCGUUCUGAACCUGAGAAAAAACGCGACGUCUUUAUAAACGAUUCUUUGCGAAGCGAAUUCCAUCGUAAAUUCAUGGAGAAAUACGUCAAAUGAAGAGGAAAUACAGAGUGCGCUUUUACUCGAUUGAUAAGUUCAUACUAUACUGUAAGAAAUCUUAUUAGUAAUAACUACAAAACGAUUAAACAGUUUCAAUUACACACGCAA